AGUGGAGGAGCAACACUUUCUAAAAAAAAGAAGAUUUGCCGRAAAUGGUCAAAGAUAGUACUAAAAGCAAGUGGAUGUUCUAUCACAGCAAUACGCGAGCAUACUCCGGACAUUGUAGCAGAUAUUUUAGAAAAUGAUUUAAGUCCAAUACAACUUUUUAAAAGAAUUUUUGAUAGCGAAUUUAUGGAAUGUAUGCAAUCAGAGACUGUUAAAUACGCCAUAAACAAAGGAGAUGAAGCCUUCACCGUAAGUCUUGAGGAGUUAWACACAUAUUUCGGCAUMCUUAUACUAAGUGGAUACAACAAGGUUCCAACUACUCCCAUGUACUGGGAGACAGAAAGUGAUGUGUACAAUCAUUUAGUGGCAGGUUCAAUGGCGAGGAAUAAGUUUGAAAAAAUACAUCGCUACCUUCAUUUCAAUGRUAAUACACAAAUUGAUUCGAAUAAUAAGGCAUUCAAAGUUCAGCCUGUUCUUGAUCAUUUAAAUACAAAGUUUAAAGAGCUUGGAAAACCCUUUGGAACUUCAUUUUCUGUAGACGAAUCGAUGGAGCCGUA